CUUGUUUGUCUCCACAACCACAAUAAGCCCAGUUCAAUCGAGUCGCUCUUCGAGAGUGGACGCAUUCCCCACUCGAACAAAUCAUAAAAUGUUAGCUUAUUUAUCGGCGGUGGUGGUGGCGCUGCUGACGGCCGCCGCCCUCUACAUCCGUAGCCGUCACCGGUUCUGGUCCGAUCGGGGAAUCCCUUGCGCGCCGAAUCCGGAGUUUCUGCUGGGGCAUGUUCGCGGCGUGGUCACCAACAAGCACGCGGCGCAUGUGAACCGGGAGCUGUACCAGGAUUUCAAAAAACGUGGCGAGAGUUUCGGUGGGUUUAGUUUCUUUGCCGUUCCGGCGGUUCUGGUGGUGGAUCCGGAGCUGGUGAAAACGAUGCUGGUCAGGGACUUUGCGGUGUUCCACGAUCGGGGGAUCUAUAACAACCCGAAGGAUGAUCCGUUGUCGGGGCAGCUGUUUUUGCUAGAGGGUCUGCAGUGGAGGAUUCUGAGGCAGAUGUUGACGCCGACGUUCACGUCCGGGCGGAUGAAGGCGAUGUUCGGGACGAUCAUGGACGUGGCGGAGGAGUUCCGGCGGUUCAUGGUGGAGUGUAGGCAGCGGGAGUCGGUGAUCGAGAUGAAGGAGGUGCUGGCAAGUUUCACGACGGACGUUAUCGGGACGUGCGCUUUUGGGAUUGAGUGUAAUACGCUGAAGAAUCCGGACUCGGAUUUUUUGAAGUAUGGGAAGAAGGUGUUCGAGCAGAAGUUGUCAACGCUGGCGAAGUUCAUAUUUGCGUCGUUGUUCAAGGAUUUGGCACGGACGAUGGGGAUAAAGAUAACGGACGCCGGGGUGGAGAAGUUCUUCAUGGGGUUGGUGCGAGAGACGGUGGAGUUCAGGGAGAAAAAUAACGUGCAGAGGAAUGACUUCAUGAACCUGCUGUUGCAGCUGAAGAACAAGGGCCGAUUGGUGGAUCAGUUGGACGAAGCGGAGGAGGCGGCAGCGAGAGGAUUGACGAUGGACGAGCUGGCGGCACAGUGCUUCGUGUUCUUCAUUGCUGGGUAUGAGACGUCAUCGACUACGAUGAACUUCUGUCUGUACGAGCUGGCGAAGAAUCCGGAUAUUCAGGAGAGGUUGCGAGAGGAUAUAGAAGAAGCUGUAGCUGCCAAUGAUGGCCAAGUCACAUACGACCUGGUUAUGGGUCUUCGCUAUUUGGACAACGUCGUGAACGAAACACUUCGCAAGUACCCUCCGAUCGAGAGUUUGAACCGCGUCCCGAACUCCGACUACACGGUCCCCGGAACUAACUACGUUCUUCCGGCGCAGACGAUGAUCACCAUCCCGGUGUACGCAUUGCAUCAUGAUCCGGAAUACUACCCGGAUCCGGACCGUUUUGAUCCGGAUCGGUUUCUUCCGGAAGUGGUCCAGGGCCGGCAUCCGUAUGCCUACAUCCCAUUCGGAGAAGGUCCACGCAACUGUAUCGGAAUGCGCUUUGGAGUCAUGCAGACUAAAAUCGGGUUGAUCACUUUGCUGCGCAACUUUAGAUUUUCACCGUCACCGAAGACACCCGACAAGAUAGUGUUCGAUGUGAAAUCGUUUGUGCUAUCACCGGAGGGAGGGAAUUAUCUACGGUAUGAUAAGAUACGGUUCAUCAUGGCUCUGUUCGAGCUGUAUCUAGCGAUCGGUAUCACGCUGGUACUUGCAUCGGCGGGAUGCAUAUUUCUGUACCUGGACAAGAAGCGUAGCUUUUGGAAGGACCGUAACUUCCCGUGUACCGGCCGGGCGAAGAUGAUCUACGGUGACUACAAGAACAUGAACCAGACCGAACACAUGCAGUACAUCAAUCAGCGGCUGUAUAAUGAGUUCAAAGCGAGGAAGCUGCCCAUCGGAGGAACGGUACUGUUCCUAGUGCCUUCGACGGUGGUUGUCGACCCGGACCUAAUCAAGGCGAUGCUGGUAAAGGACUUCAACUCCUUCCACGAUCGAGGAGUCUACAACAACCCGGAGGUGGACCCCAUGACCGGUCACUUGUUCUCCUUGGAAGGUCAAGCGUGGCGUCAAUUGAGAGCAAAGCUGUCCCCGACUUUCACUUCCGGUAAGAUGAAGAUGAUGUUUGGAACAAUUCGUAACGUUGCGGAGGACUUGAAGGAUUUCCUGUUGGAGAAGACCGAGAGUGGAUCAACGGAACUGGAGAUGAAGAACGUUCUAGCUGGAUUUACGACUGACGUAAUCGGAUCAUGCGCAUUUGGAAUCGAAUGCAACAGUUUGCGAGCUACAAACUGCCGAUUCCGGGAAGUCUCACGGAAGAUUUUCGAACAAUCCGUCGGGCAGAUGCUGUGGAUGAUCGUUCUGAUGAUCUUCAAAGGUUUGGCUACUACGCUCAAGCUCAAAGCUACCCCAGAUGAGGUAGAGAAGUUCUUCACAAACAUGGUACGGGAAACGAUCGAGCAUCGAGAGCGGAACAACGUUCAACGCAAUGACUUCAUGAACAUACUGAUCCAGAUGAAGAACAGCGAAAAGCUUGAAGAGCAGCUGACAAUGAACGAGAUCACUGCCCAGUCUUUCAUCUUCUUCGUGGCCGGAUUCGAGACUUCCUCAACCACCAUGGUCAACUGCCUGUUCGAGUUGGCCAGAAACCAGGAAAUUCAGGAUAAAUUACGCGCCGAAAUCUUCAAAGUCUGCGGAAAAGGCGAACUAACGUACGAAUCCGUGUCCUCCGUGGAAUACCUCAACAUGGUCAUCGACGAAACCCUCCGCAAGCACCCGGUCGUGGACGCCCUGCUACGCACCUCCAACCAGCCCUACGACAUCCCGAACACAACCCUGAAAAUCCCCCAGCGCACGUUCGUGUUCAUCCCGGUGCACGCGCUGCACCACGACCCGGACUACUACCCGGACCCGGACCGGUUCGAUCCGGAGCGAUUCAACGCCGAAAACCGUGCCGCCCGGCACCCGUUUGUCUACCUCCCCUUCGGCGAAGGUCCCCGCAACUGUAUCGGGAUGCGCUUCGGGCUGAUGCAGACACGAGUGGGCCUGAUAACGGUACUGCGGCGUUUUCGAGUGCGACCCAGUCCGAACACACCGGACCGGUUGGUGGUCAAUCCAAAGUCCGGUAUACCGUCGCCGUUGGGAGGCAUACCGCUGCUGAUUGAGAGGAUUUAGGUGGUCGGGGCGGUCGCACCGGAUGGAUAUUGACAGAUAAGCAUUGUUUGUUAGGAAACAUAAAGUAUAGAUAAGGAAUAAAUAAGCUCGUGGAAAGCGCAUCAACCCAAAUA